AUGAACACGGUCUUCGCAUUCGAAGCCGCAAUCACAUUUGAACUCGUCGUCUUCCUCGUCUACCGUCCUAUGUCUUCGUCGACGUUCUCGAAGGCCUAUGUCCCCGGUCCUGAAUUUGACCUUAAGCUUUGUUCCUGCAUCCAUUGGUCCAUGAGCCGGUCGAGUGUUUCGAACCACCCAGAUCCGGCGGGGACGGUGAGCUACAAUGCGGAGCACAUAAUCGGGAACGGGUCGUUCGGCGUGGUGUUCCAAGCCGUGGUGGUGGAGACGGGAGAGGUGGUCGCCAUCAAGAAGGUGCUGCAGGACAAGCGCUUCAAGAACCGGGAGCUCCAGAUGAUGCGCAUGCUGGCGAAGAAGGACCACCCGAACAUCGUGUCCCUCAAGCACUGCUUCUACUCCAAUGGGGACAAGACGGACGAGAUUUACCUUAACCUGGUCCUGGAGUUUGUACCGGAGACGGUGUACAGCGUGGCGAGGCAGUACCACAAGAGCAAGCAGACUCUGCCGGUUCUCCUCGUGAAGCUCUACCUCUACCAGCUGGCCAGGGCCCUCGCGCACAUCCACGCACUCGGGAUCUGCCAUCGCGAUAUCAAGCCGCAGAAUCUGCUGCUCGAUCCGCAGACACACGUGCUCAAAUUGUGCGACUUCGGCAGCGCUAAGAUUCUCGUCCGAGGGGAGCCCAACGUGUCGUACAUCUGCAGCAGGUACUACCGAGCACCAGAGCUUAUCUUUGGGUCGACGGACUACACGUGCGCCAUCGACACCUGGAGCCUCGGCUGCGUGGCGGCGGAGCUGCUGCUGGGAGAGCCCCUCUUCCCCGGAGAUAGCGGGGUAGAUCAGCUCGUGGAGAUCAUCAAGGCAAGCAACCAGGCCUCCUGCCUGGGGCCGGACCUUGGUGCCAAGUGUUUGGUGCUGGGGACACCGACGCGAGAAGAGAUCCGGGCGAUGAACUACAACUACUCGGAGUUCAAGUUCCCCCAGAUCAAGGCGCAUCCGUGGAAGGGCGUGUUUAGGUCCAGGACCCCUCCCGAGGUGUUUUUGUACAAGCGUGCACGAUGA